AUGCAGCACCCGAGCAAGCAACAGAUUCAGCCGAUCGAUUCGCUGACGCCGUUCUUGGGCGGCAAGUGGUGGAUUCGGGCGCGUGUGACAGACAAGUCGGAUGUGCGCACGUGGAACAAGCCAACGUCGCAGGGUAAACUCUUCUCCUUCACGCUCAUUGACGAGUCAGCCUCUAUUCGCGCCACCGUCUUCAACGAUGCGGUCGACCUGUUCGAUCCCCUCAUAGCGAACGGACAGGUGUACUACCUCAGCGGCGGCCAGGUGAAGAACGCGAACCGCAAAUUCAGCAACGUAAACAACGAUUACGAGGUGACAUUUGACAGUUCAAGUCAAAUCUCACUGGCACGAGAUUCCACCAGCGCGGCAAUUCCUCUGCAGCGCUACAACUUUGUGCCCGUCGAGAUCCUCAAGCAGCGCGAGGUGGGCUCUCUCGUCGACGUGCUGGCGGUGGUGCUGUCAGUGGAGGAGCUCGGCUCCAUCACGCAGAAGUCGACCGGGCGGGAGUUGGUGAAACGCAACGUGAAGGUGGGCGACGUCACCGCGGCGGUGGAGGUGACGCUGUGGAACGAUCAGGCGAAGCAGUGGGGGUAUGUGCCGGGCACGGUGCUUGCGAUGCGGCAGCUGAAGGUUGGCAGCUUCGACGGCGUGACACUCUCAGCCACGUUCCAGUCUGCCUUCGACGUGAACCCGAACAUCCCGGACGUGAAGAAGCUCGCCGACUGGUACAUCUCCACCGGCGGCCGCGAUGUGGCAUCACUCUCGUCGCUGGGCAAUGGGCCAGGCGCUGGUGCCGGCGGCGGCGAGACGUACCGCGGUCGCAAGUAUUUCGACGACAUCGCGGCGGAGGGCCUCGGCCGCGGCGCAAAGGCGGACUUCAUCGACGUGCGCUGCGUGCCGGUGUACCUCAAGCAGGACGCGCAGUGGUACGACGCAUGCCCGCAGUGCAACAAGAAGGUGAUGCUGGAGGGGGCGCAGGGCGACCGUUACCGCUGCGAGAAGUGCGACCAGUCCGUCGUCCCCACACAGCGCUACCUUGUGUCGAUUCAGGCAACCGAUAACGUGUCCCAGAUGUGGCUUACGCUUUUCAACGAGGCUGGUGUUGAGUUCUUCGGCAUGUCGGCGUCAGAGUUAAAGAAGCAGCGGGAGGCGGAUCCAAUGUUCGUCACAAAGAUCGCACAGCUGCGGAUGAACCGGCCGGUGCUAAUGCGGCUACGUGUGAAGGAGGAGAACUCCGCCAGCUCGGUGGGCGGCGAGGAAUCCGAUCGUGUGCGCAUCACCGUGAUGCGGCUCACGGAGUUCAUGCCGCUUGACACCGUCUCAGAGGAGAAGCGGCAGUCGAUGUCAGCACAGCUUAAGACAGAGUGUGACGAGAUGAUCAAGUGCAUUGAGGCGUAUUCGUAA